AUGAAUUUACAAAAUAGAGACACUGAAAUCGAUUUGGAAACAACGACUUUAUCACCUAUAACUGCAAAUGCAUGUCAGAAUCAAACAAUAUCACCGCUAGAUGAAAUUGAAAAUCGAAUUAAUAUUGUUGUACCAUAUUUGGUGAUAUUAGGUAUCAUUGGAAAUGGACUUUCAAUACUAACAUUUUCUCAACGUAAAUUACGAAAAUUAUCCUGUGGUUGUUAUUUACUAUUACUGGCUAUAUCGGAUACGAUUGCUUUAUUAGUUAUAUCUCGGCCAUAUUUUUUUAAACAAUUCGACAUUGAACAUCAUUUAAAUUCAAGUAUUUUAUGUGGUUUACAUUUAUUUUUAACAAAAAUUUUUGAUGAAUUAACACCAUGGUUAUUAGUAUUUGUUGCUUGUAAUCGUCUUGUAUUAUCACGUUAUCCACGUAAUCAUCAUUGUUUUCAAACAUCACGUUCAGCAUUAUGGAGCACAUUAUUUUUAUUAAUUAUAAUUAUAUUACUUAAUGUACAUUUAUUAUUUGGUAUUGGUGUUGGUUAUUCUCAAUCUCAACCAUGUAAAUCAGUUUGUGGUCCAUUAACAAAAUCUCCAAUAUAUUUAUUUUUUUAUAAAAAUGUCAGUCCAAUAAUUGACUUUUUUUUUAGUUUAAUUAUACCAUUUUGUAUUGUAUUUAUUGCAAAUAUCUUUAUAUUAGCUAAUGUACGACGUGUUAAACGACGUGUUUUACGUGUACGUCGUCGUAAACGAGCUAGUCGAAAUGCUCGUUUAAGCGUUGUUUUACUUGCUGAUCUUAUUACAUUUCUUAUUGUAAGUUUACCAGUUUUAUUAGUUGAAUGUAUAUAUCGGUUUACACGUGCUAUUGAACCUAAUGCACAAUUUGAUGAAUAUAUAUGGGUAGCAUGGUUGGUAGCAAGUAAAAUAUUUUAUUUAAAUUAUUCAUUAUCAUUUUAUUUCUAUGUAUUAACAUCAUCGUAUUUUCGUCAUCAUUUUCUUCUUGCUAUACGUUGUAAAAAAUUACAUAGUAUUUUAUUUAAACCAACAAAUGGAAAAACAAAUCCACAAACUUAUCAAACAACAGAUUUUAUGUUAACGUAUCGGCCAAGUCAUACGUCAACGUCAUCAAAAAUAAUAGCUAAAGCAUAUGAUUUUAAUUUUUCAUAUGAACCAUGUCAACAACAACAAGAAAUAGAAACACAUAUAUCAACAACUGUAAAUGAAUCAAUACCAUUACGUGAAAAUCAUCAAUCAUCUGCUUCAUUAUCUUAUCUAUAA